AAGUAGAAGUUUUGCUGUUGGCAGCAAUGAUAAAGUUGAUCAAAAUUGUUAGAGGUUUUUAGAGAAGAGAUAGAAAGGAAAGGAAAAAUAGAAAUACAGCACUGACUGUUAUGAGACGGAAAUCGUAGUAUAAACAAGUAAAAAAUAAAAUUUUCCUGAAGAUGGAUGACGAUGCACGCACAAUUUAUUGCGGAAAUUUAAGUGAGAAGGUCACUGAGGAUAUUCUCUAUGAAUUAUUUCUACAAGGAGGUCCUGUGCAAAAGAUAACCAUUCCUAAGGAUCGUGAUGGCAAGCAAAGAACAUAUGGAUUUAUCACUUACAAACAUAUACAUUCUGUAGACUAUGCUUUACACCUGUUUGAGGGUACAAUGCUGUAUAAUCGUAUUCUUAACAUGAAAUUAAGAAAUAGUACAGAAUCACAGCAAGCUGAACAAUUUCCGAAUUCUGUUCGCCACAUGAAUCACAUGUUGGAACAGGGUCAGCAAAUGGUCUUGGGAAAUUAUCCACCACAAAUUGCUGGUGGUACCACAUUUGGUACAUAUAUUUCACAAGAUGGUCUGACAUAUCCGAGACAAUUGGAUACAAAUUCUAGCAAUGAUGAUAGGGGUAGAAGAAAUUAUCCUUAUCAGAGAAAUAGAGAUAGGAAAUCGGAGAGAGAUAAAGAUAGAAAUCAAGAAAGAGAUAGAAAUCGAGAGAGAAACAGAGAUAGAGAUAGGGAGAAAGAUAGGGGGAAAAGUAGAGAAUGUAAUCAUGAUCACUAUAGAGAUGAAAGAUCUUAUCAUAAGAGAAAUAAUAAUUAUCAUUCCAAUGACUACUUUAGACAUAAUGACAAUAGAAAAAGAUGGACUUAUCAUUGAUAAUAAUUACUUUUCAAUCGUUGUUAAAAUUAGACUUGAGAUAAUUUUUAAAUUAUAUAAGAAAUAAACAAGAAUUUAGUUUACUGUUCUACUUUUGAUAUUGAUGUUGUUUAUUAAUGAUUAUAUAAUUUUCAUAAUUCAUGUACUUGAAUAAGAACAUUUAUAUAUUUGUAUUAUAUAUGCUUAGUUUUUUUAGUUACAAAUCAAUAUCUCUAAGGAAGAAAUCUUUAAGAACUUUAAGAUAUCAAGAAAAAUUUUAAUGACAGUUUAAAAAAAA